GUUUCGUCCGUUGUAGGUAUACAACCUCAACUGCGAUCCAUCUGUUCUGUUCAUGAAUUACGGAACAGUUAGAGCAGCAGCUGGAAGCAAUCGUAAUUAUGUCUAUAGUGGAUAAAAUUAAGCAUUAUCAGCGAAAUAUUGACAAAUGCGAUGACAAUGAGGACAGAAUAUUACAUUGUAUCUCAAAGCUAUCUAAUCUACCAGUAACAGUGCAACAUCUCCAAGAAACUGGUGUAGGUCGUACAGUAAAUGCUUUAAGGAAAUACGAUGGUGGUGUCGGAGAUGCUGCUAAAGCACUCGUCGCCAAGUGGAAAGCAAUGGUGGCUAGUGAAGAUACUAGCGAAGGAGAAGACGAGGAUGAAGCAUGUGUCCCAGACGCGCCUGAGAGUUACAGCGAUGGUCAUGAAUCGCCGAGACUCGAGGAAACUUCCAUAUACAAGACUGAGGGGAGUGGGAAACAAGGACACAAAGAAAAAACUGAAGUAUCGCAUGGCUCUCAUAAUAAGUAUGUCUCGAAACAUGAAUCUAAAGUAAAAAUUUCCAUCAAAUUUCCCGUCGAAUUUCCAUCAAAGACUAAUGACGAUAUUGCCAAAAGUUCGACCAGCGAUUCGGAGAAGCAAAAGAAGCAUGAGAAAAGUAAGCAUAGCCACAAACAUGAAUCGAGAAGUGAGAAGAAAUCGUCGAAGGAUGCUAAAAGUGCCUCUAAGAAAGAUGAAGCUCGUGGCUCGAAAUAUCAUAGGGAUAGUAAAUCUGAUAACGUAGAAAAAUCCUCGAUUAAGCCUGCUGAUAAUAACGUUGAAAAGAAUAAUAGAAAACGGAAGCAUGAUGAAUCGAAUGCUGAGAAGAAGGAAAGUAAACGGAAGAAGAACUCAGAUAGCGAAAGUGACGAAGGUAGAAUUACUAGUUCGGAGAAGCAUAAUAGUAGUACGAUGUUGAACAUGAUUAAAAUAAAAGAAGAGCCCCAGGAUAAGGACGUGUCAAGUAAAAGUGAAAUUAAACAGGAAAAGAAAGAUUUUCACGAAAAAUUAAAGAGUAGUUCCAGUAAGCAUCGGGCUGAUUCAUCAAAUAGCAAAUCAAAAGACAUUGAUAAGAAACACAAGCAUAAAAGUGAAACACACUCGAGCCAUAGUAAAGACGAAGCUAAACGUAUUGAUCAAAAUUCUAAUAAGGAAUCGUCAGAAUCAAAGCAUCAGAAUAGUUCCUCAGGUAGUGAUAAGCAUCAUGAUAAAACGAAAGAUAGAAGUAAGAAAAAAGAUAGAGAUGAAAAGAAUAAGAGCGAGAGCAAGAGCAGCAAGGAUUCGAAGCAUUCGAAGCAUAAGUCGAAAGAAUCAAAAGACUUGACCAAGAUUAAGCAAGAGAUCAACGGCGACGAAGGGAUUGACUGUCAUUCUGGUGCGAGUUUUGCGGAAGCUUUGGGCAUGUGUACGAUUACUCAACCAUCUAAAAAGCGCAUCAUCAAUUCUCCUAAUACAAGUACAGCAAAAGUGAUCAAAACAGAACAACCGACUACUACCAAUAACAAAAAUGUAGCAGUGAAGAGUGAACAAAGCGACGAUUUGCAGACGCCAUCGUUAUUAUCGUCAAACGUAAAGUUACAACCGUUAAACGUAGACUUGGCAUCCACGCUUCCAGAAAUUAGUCCCAAUUAUAAACCACUGCCAUACGUUAAUCAGAAGGAAGAUAAAUAUCGCAAAGAGGAAGACAGAUCCCUCACGGAUGUCAUGUACGUUAAAAAUCAAAGAACGAAAGUGUAUUCCGGAAACAAAUCCGGUUACACGACUGUACCGACUUUAUUCGAGAUCUGUACGAGAGUGUUAAUAGAAAACAUUGAUGCACUUGAAUUCACGGGUGGUGUGCCUUAUGACAUAAUAAAACCCGUCUUGGAACGUGCAACAGCGGAUCAGUUAUUUAUGUUGGAGCAUUACAAUCCUUAUUUGAUCGAAGACACAGACGAGCUCUGGCAAUAUCACUGCAAUCGGGAAUUCCGGAAUAAGCAAAGGGAAGAAAUGGAAACGUGGCGCGAAAUGUACAUGAGAUGCCUGGACGAGAGGGAAGCAAAACUGAAGACGCUGACUGCUAACAUAAAGCAGUCGAUAGACAAAUCUCUUCCAGUGAGGUCUACCAAACUCGCAUACGUUGACAACGUCGUUAAACCACCAAGAAAUAUUCUUAAGAAGCAAGCUAAAUACGGUACCGCAAAUUCUGUGCCGCACACAGCAUCUAGUUUAAAAAAGAAAUUGAUCAGCGGCGGUGGACCCACGGCUGCUACGAAUAUUUCCGUUCCGGCACCCGUACAGAUAUCCCGCGCGAAACCAAUGAAGAAGACGAAGGCGCCGCUGAUGGCGAAAGCUCUACAGCUCAUAAAAGGACGAUAUAAGCGGUAGUUCAUCUAAGGUCUCUCAGUCUUCAACAAUCUAGGUAACUCAUGUAUUAUUAUAUAGCGGGUCUUAGUUGUACUAUGUAUAAAUUUUAUAUAUAAAAAUUUACAUUUCGGAUUA